GCCCGAACGAGACCAUCAACGAAAUGCUGCGCGACCUUCUGCACGGGAACACGUCGCUGUCACAGAUCCAGGUCAACAGCGACUACGUCAUCACCUGGAACGGCUUAUUCAACGUCCUCGAAGUGGUGCUGGCCGCCUCGUUGUUCCUGGUCGUGCAAGUGCUGGCGGGCGGCGACUCGACGCUUCGCUGCAUGGCUACCGUGGCGUUCGCCAUGGCCAUGCAGGGCGUCCAUUUCCUGCUGUGCGGCCUCUUCUCGCCCGUCGUCACCACCAGCAUCGCCUCCUCUUUCUACUACGUCUCCUUCCACUUCAUGGCCAUGUUCUUCUACUUCGGUCCCGGCCUCUGCAGCGUCAUCAGCCUGCGCCUGAGCAUAUGCCAGUGCGCCGCAGGAGUCAUCGCCGGGAUAACGGCCGUGGUAUUGUCGGGCGUUCACCUGGUCCACGCCAUCUACUGCCUCACGGGCACGGUGACCACUCACCACAACAUCCACGUCGUCGACGACAUACAGGGCACAUUCUCCGACCUCGUCCACUGAAAAACGUGUGCGAGCUGCCAGUACCGAGCUCGCAAUUUCACCGUCUACAUUUGUCGACGUUCGAACAUAAACCUCCUCGCGUAUUUUCUUCGAUGCUAAGCGUCUGCGCCACUUCACUGCAUCAUGAGAAGCCCAUACAG